GAAGCGCCGGGCUUCCCGGAAGUGCCGGGCUGGCUGUCAGAGCCGGCGAUCGCCUGAGCGCCGCCGCGGGAGGGUUGCGGUUCUGGGGCUUGGGUGGCCGCUGGAGGAUCGACUCGCGGUUGGGGUGGGCUGCGGGAUGAUGGAGGAAGAAGAACUGGAGUUCGCGGAGGAGCUGGAGGCCGUGCUGCAGCUCACGCCCGACGUGCAGCUAGCCAUCGAGCAGGUAUUUCCAAGCCAGGAUCCUCUAGAUCGAGCAGAUUUCAAUGCUGUGGAGUAUAUCAAUACCCUGUUCCCAACAGAGCAAUCUCUGGCAAACAUAGAUGAAGUUGUGAACAAAAUCAGACUGAAAAUAAGGAGACUGGAUGACAAUAUUCGAACUGUUGUAAGAGGUCAAACAAAUGUGGGGCAGGAUGGCAGGCAAGCCCUUGAAGAGGCCCAGAAAGCUAUUCAGCAGCUCUUCAGCAAAAUCAAAGAUAUCAAAGACAAAGCAGAAAAAUCAGAGCAAAUGGUUAAAGAAAUCACCCGCGAUAUUAAGCAGCUAGAUCAUGCCAAACGCCACCUGACCACCUCAAUCACAACACUGAACCACCUGCACAUGUUAGCAGGUGGCGUCGAUUCCCUCGAAGCCAUGACCAGGCGAAGACAGUAUGGAGAGGUUGCUAAUCUUCUUCAGGGUGUGAUGAAUGUUCUGGAGCACUUCCACAAGUAUAUGGGAAUUCCACAGAUCCGGCAGCUUUCUGAAAGAGUGAAGGCUGCCCAGACUGAGUUAGGACAGCAAAUCCUGGCUGAUUUUGAGGAAGCAUUUCCUUCCCAGGGUACCAAGAGGCCAGGAGGACCCAGCAAUGUCCUACGAGAUGCAUGUCUGGUUGCUAAUAUUUUGGACUCCAGAAUCAAACAGGAAAUCAUCAAAAAGUUUAUUAAACAGCAUCUGUCAGAGUAUCUAGUACUUUUUCAAGAAAACCAAGAUGUUGCCUGGCUGGACAAAAUCGACAGACGCUAUGCUUGGAUAAAACGCCAGCUUGUGGACUAUGAGGAGAAAUAUGGCCGUAUGUUUCCACGUGAAUGGUACAUGACCGAGAGGGUUGCAGUAGAGUUUUGCCACAUCACAAGGACAGAACUUGCCAAGAUUAUGCGGACCAGAGCUAAGGAAAUUGAAGUGAAAUUGCUUCUUUUUGCUAUUCAGAGAACAACUAACUUUGAGGGGUUUCUUGCAAAACGUUUUUCCGGCUGCACCCUGACAGAUGGCACUCUGAAAAAACUCGAGUCUCCACCUCCAUCCACCAAUCCCUUCCUGGAAGAUGAGCCAGCACCAGAGAUUGAGGAACUGGUGAUAGAGAAAGGAGAUUUAGAUCAACCAAAGAAGCCUAAAGCCCCAGACAAUCCAUUUCAUGGCAUUGUUUCCAAGUGUUUUGAGCCUCAUCUCUACGUGUAUAUUGAGUCCCAGGACAAAAACCUUGGAGAGCUGAUAGACCGGUUUGUGGUUGAUUUCAAAGCCCAAGGGCCACCUAAGCCCAACACUGAUGAAGGAGGAGCCGUGCUCCCCAGCUGUGCCGACCUCUUUGUCUACUACAAGAAAUGCAUGGUGCAGUGCUCUCAACUCAGCACUGGGGAACCCAUGAUUGCUCUGACCACCAUUUUCCAGAAGUACCUCCGAGAAUAUGCCUGGAAAAUCCUCUCUGGCAACCUGCCCAAAACCACAAGCAGCAGUGGAGGGCUGACCAUCAGCAGCCUCCUCAAGGAAAAGGAGGGCUCGGAAGUAGCCAAGUUCACCCUAGAGGAGCUGUGCCUCAUCUGCAGCAUCCUGAGCACAGCAGAGUACUGUCUGGCCACCACCCAGCAGCUGGAAGAAAAACUCAAAGAAAAGGUUGAUGUAAGUCUGAUUGAACGAAUCAAUCUGACUGGAGAAAUGGACACAUUCAGCACUGUCAUCUCUAGCAGCAUUCAGUUGUUGGUUCAAGAUCUGGAUGCUGCCUGUGAUCCUGCCCUGACUGCCAUGAGCAAGAUGCAGUGGCAGAAUGUGGAGCACGUUGGUGACCAGAGCCCCUAUGUCACCUCUGUCAUUCUUCACAUUAAGCAGAACGUUCCCAUCAUCCGUGACAACCUGGCUUCCACGCGGAAAUACUUCACUCAGUUCUGCAUUAAAUUUGCAAACUCCUUCAUUCCCAAGUUCAUCACUCACCUCUUCAAGUGCAAGCCAAUUAGCAUGGUGGGAGCAGAACAGCUGCUGCUGGACACGCACUCCCUGAAGAUGGUCCUGCUCGAUCUGCCUUCCAUUGGCUCACAGGUGGUGCGGAAGGCACCUGCCAGUUACACUAAGAUUGUCGUGAAGGGCAUGACCCGGGCAGAGAUGAUCCUCAAGGUAGUGAUGGCCCCUCAUGAACCAUUGGUGGUGUUUGUUGACAACUACAUCAAACUCCUUUCGGACUGCAACACAGAAACCUUCCAGAAGAUACUGGACAUGAAGGGGCUGAAGAGAAGCGAGCAGAGCAGCAUGCUGGAUCUCUUCCGCCAGAGGCUCCCCACCCCGCCCGCAGGGCCCGAAGGCUCCAGCUCGCUGUCCCUGCUGGCUCCGACACCAGAGCAGGAAUCAUCUCGCAUCCGCAAACUAGAGAAACUAAUCAAAAAGAGACUGUAGGAGCAUUCAGGGGGCAUGGUUUCUCCUGGCCGGUGACCCUCAGCACCCUGCUGCCAGGAAGCCCCCCACCUCUCCUGUGCUCCUCCAACUCUCCGAUCAUUAGUCUUGAAACUUCCUGGGACAUUUGGAUUGUUGAUGUGUCUCUCCUGUAACCUGUCUUAACUUUUGUCCUAAUCAGAGAAGCCGAAUAAGGGCCAGGUGAUAAAAAGGCAAGUUAAAUGACCUCUGAUUCCAGUGGCAGAGGGUGAAAGGCCUGUUCGCCCUCUGCUUUCAGGCUGUUUUCAUCUGGCCCACUUGUCACUGACUGUAGCCUCACUGCCACACUGCACCCUGUGGCACGUGGCCCUAUUCCCUGCUGCGUGCCUACCCAGGCACCUUGCUGAGAAAGCCUGCAUCUCACCCCUUCCUCCAUCUGCUGCCGUUUGAGGUCCCCUCUGCAGCCAGACCCUAAGAGUUGUUCUCCUCACUCUCUGAGGCGCAGAUGAAUGAAGGGGCAGACAGCAGGUGUCAGACACUAGCCUUUCCUUAUGAAGGCAGUGGAAGCAGGAGCACUCUUCUGUGUAAAUGCCACUCUCCCAGUACAUGUUUUGCUUCUGGUACAUUUUACUACUUGGCCAAGAUACCCCAGUGUUCUCCCCUUUGUCGGGCAUCUCCAAUCCCUCUCUGUAUGCAUCCUCAGGAGAGCUUCCCUCUGUGUCUGUCUGCCAGGAGCACUGCAUGUGCCAGGCCUCGGAAGCAGGUGUCCCCUCUGCCAUAGGGUUCCUGGCCUGGGUGUGAGUGCAGACCCAUAUCUGCCUUGGAGAGGGGGUUCUGCUUGCCACACUGACUAUAUGAUGGAAGCAGAUUAUUCUCUCCAUUUCUUUAUUCCCACUGUGCUCCUGACUUCUAGGGGAGGGAUUGCCUUCGUGAAGAGAAACCAGGAAGUUUUCCUAGAAAAAAUUUGCUAGGCUUUCUCCUCAAAUGAAGCUGUGAGGCAGCCCAGGAGGCCUAAAUCCUCAUCCCCUUCCUACCCAUUCAUUUUCAAAUCCAAAGUACUUUCCAGAAUCAUCUGAAACAACAAAAGUGGUGUGUAGUGCCAGAACGAUAUACUGCUUUAUUACUACUGAAAAAGGAUCCAGACCUUAGGAACAAAAUAUUGACCUAAAGAGCUGCUCAGAACCUAGCACAGCCCAGAACGCACCUGACCCCUGGCCUGCCCGCUCUGUCACCACUGGUGCCUGGCCAGCCUGGCUUUGCAGACAAGAAUUGCCUCACAGAACUGCUUCCAUCCCCACACAUCAUCCUGCAGAAUGAGAACAUGCAACACACCAGGUAGUUGCCCGUAUUUGCCUGGUUCACUGGAAACCACACCUCAGUUAACCGUGACCAUGGCCUCAGGGAGCUGCUGUUAGCGUCAGCAUUCAUUCGGGGAUUAUGAGCAAUUUAUUGGCAGGUCGGGAGAGAGCUAAGCAGGAGGGUGGCGCUUUUUACAGAGAAUGUGCGUAACAGGCCUCAGGAUAUCAAAUAGCACUCAAAAUGAGUAUUCGGGGUAGAGGAGGUUUCCUGAAAAUCCAAACUUCAAGGUUUGAAACUCUAACCAGAAAGUGGUUAUUUCUCCCCUUCUUGGUUUCCAGUAUAACCAUUCUGCCCUAUUCCCUUUCCCUCUCCAUCAGCCUCUCCCAGACUCAGGCUAUCAGCCCCAGCUUCGAUCCUGGGCCUCAUUUCUUCAUCAGCCUCCAGCCUAUUCUUGUUAAUGUGCCCCUUAUGCAUUGAGCAUCUCAACUGGAGGACACCAAGAAGAAAGUAAGCGGUGGAAGAGAGAGGUGUGGCUGUAGCUGAGCUCUCUUAGGGCAAGACUGCUCAGCAAGAGCAGGACAGGCAGGGGGGGAGGGCCUUGGGGGAGGACCUGGGCAGCUCAGCAGGUAGAUUGCACUUUCCCAUACACAGCCCGCACCUAUGGGGUUAACAUUCUCUUCCUGCUCUUGAAAGGAGGGGUGGUGGGCCCACCUCCGAACAGCACAGCCUCUUCAGCCAGCAGUCAUUGACCUGGGGAGCCAGGAAAGCCACUCUUGCACCUGGUUCUCGUCACUCUGUGUUUACAGAUCCACACUUUUCCUUUUGGAUUGUUCCUGAGGAGUCGUUUUCUGGACAUCCCCAUAAUGGCAUUGAGAUGUCAAGCUGCUGUUUUCCCCCAGUUGGCGGUCACAGCCAGGGAAGUUGCUUUCUUGAUUUAUUACAUUGUCAGUAAUCUCCAAGGAGCCAACAGAUGUCAGUAGGAGUUAUGUUAAAUGUUUCAUUGAUGGGGUCUGAAUGCUGUGUAUGCAUCUUGUAAAGACAGAGCAUGUUUCUCAACUGGGGGUAUGCAUUGGAACCACCUGGGGUCCUUUUACAAGGACAGAUGCCUGGAGAUUCCGAAUCAGUACGUCUGGAGUAGGGCCCCGCAUAUAGUUAGAAGUCCCAUAGGUGAUUAUGAUGUUUACUCCUUGUAACAUUGCAGUAGAGAGAAAUUUGUUUUACUGAAGGGCUCCUAUACUACAUUUCCAUAAAUACAUACUUUUUCUGGCUCUCUAAGCAAGUAUAGUUACUGUACAAUAAACUGGUACUAACAUGGUAAAGAUUCUUUCCUGAUAGCCAGCAGUUUUAAUUUUAAACUUGUAUGGAUGGUAGGGACCAUGCCAGAAAUAAUGCUGUCCCCAUACUAACUAGGAUUCUUCCUGUUUUGAUGACCAAGCCCCAAACAGAAAGUUUAUUUAUUACUGUCACUUUGAAAUAAUGUUUGUAAAGGAGCACUCAUUGAUAAAAACAAUACCUAAGGACUGUGUUAUUCAGCUAAAUUAGAUAUUGUACCUGUUCCUUCCCCCACUUUCCCUAGCCCCUUUAAAAAAAAAACAAAACAAUUUUGAGUGGUUAAAAUAAAUAUUAUGGUUAAAAAUAAAUAUUGGUAAUUUAUAAUUGA